GCAAAGUUGACCAUUUCUCCAAAGACGAUUGCUGCUACAAUGACGCAAAGAACAAGACCUGAUAAACGGCACUCGCCGAAUGAGAUGCGGCCCUUUUACUGCAGUUCGGCUCUACUCAGUAGAGCGGACGGGUCAGUUCGGUUUAAGUCUGGUGACAGUGCUGUCAUGUGUUCCGUUUUUGGGCCGAUGGAGGUGAAGCUGCGUGACGAAAAGUUGGACAAAGCCGUCGUGGAAGUCAUAUUUAAAACUGCAGCAGGCAUGACUACAACCAAAGAGCGAAUGUAUGAAAGAAUAAUCCGUCAAACUUUGGAGGCAUCCAUACUGAGUGGACUCCACCCACGAACAUCAAUACGAGUUACCCUGCAAGUUCUUACAGAUGACGGAGGGAUAUUAUCAACUGCCUUGAACGCCGCUACACUCGCCCUCGUUGAUGCAGGAAUACCUUUGCGAUCGCUGGCGGCCUCGGUAACCUGCAUGAUAGAUGAUACAGGGGAGCUACUUUUGGAUCCGACUGCGAUUGAGCUGGAGAGAUCUGCAUCCGUGCACACAUUUGCCUUUGACAAUGUUUCGGAGGGCACAUUGGCAAACAUGUCGACGGGAUUGUUUACUGUGGACGAAUACAUGAGAUGCUAUGAGACAUGCCGAUUGGCCGCUGUGUCUGUGCAACAAUUAUUCAGGACAUCCUCCGAGGGGAAAGUACGGAGAGAAUAUGGAUGAGAAGGAAACCAGAGUAUGUACCCUUGGUAUUGGAUAUCGCAACUCCUACCCGCCGUGGAUGGGAGAUCGUACCGGUGGGACAUGAAUCUACACCAAACUCCUAUAAUCAAUAUCUAAGGAUUGCAGCAUUGAGCAUCCGUAUUAUCCUGGCUAAACAAAAAAUCGUUAAAGAAAUAGUGCGCCCAUAACGCAAAUCACGGC